GGUCCCUCCGCGGCGUUGCCGGAGAUGUGCGUCUCCCGCCGGCGCUGACUCCGUGGCACAGAGCCGGGUAUCCGCUUCCCCCGUCGUCUAUGUGACGGACCACACCGCCUCCCGGGAAUACUUCGGCGUGGUCCGGCUGCGCUGCGGGGAGGAUCACUGCUUGAUGAGCUGCAGCUGAAAUAUUUAACACUGCACACUUAUGCCAUUGGAGAUGGAGCCCAAAGCCAAUAACCUCAUUUUUGGGUGUCAGCGAAGCUCAACCUCUGACGAUGACUCUGGCUGUGCCUUGGAGGAAUAUGCCUGGGUCCCCCCAGGCCUCAGACCAGAGCAGGUCCAGCUGUAUUUUGCCUGCUUGCCAGAGGAGAAGGUCCCUUACGUUAACAGCCCUGGAGAGAAACACCGGAUUAAACAACUUCUCUAUCAGCUGCCACCUCACGAUAACGAGGUGAGAUACUGCCAGUCGUUAAGUGAAGAGGAAAAGAAGGAGCUGCAGAUGUUCAGUUCUCAACGCAAAAAGGAGGCACUGGGACGAGGCACUAUAAAACUACUCUCCAGAGCAGUGAUGCACGCCGUUUGUGAGCAGUGCGGUACAAAAAUAAACGGCGGUGAAGUUGCAGUUUUUGCCUCAAGAGCUGGGCCUGGUGUGUGCUGGCAUCCCUCCUGUUUUGUGUGCUUCACAUGCAACGAGCUUCUUGUUGACCUUAUCUACUUCUACCAAGAUGGAAAAAUUCACUGUGGCAGACACCACGCUGAACUUCUCAAGCCUCGAUGUUCAGCCUGCGAUGAGAUAAUUUUUGCUGAUGAGUGUACAGAAGCUGAAGGUCGCCACUGGCACAUGAAACACUUCUGUUGUCUUGAGUGUGAAACAAUCCUGGGUGGACAGAGGUACAUCAUGAAGGAUGGGCGGCCGUUCUGCUGUAACUGUUUUGAAUCUCUCUAUGCAGAAUACUGUGAAACCUGCGGGGAACACAUUGGUGUUGACCAUGCUCAGAUGACCUAUGAUGGACAGCACUGGCAUGCCACAGAAACUUGCUUUUCUUGUGCUCAGUGCAAGACCUCUUUGCUUGGCUGCCCUUUCCUUCCAAAGCAAGGGCAGAUUUACUGUUCAAAAACCUGCAGCCUGGGAGAGGAUGUUCAUGCCUCCGACUCUUCUGAUUCUGCAUUUCAGUCUGCUCGAUCCAGAGAUUCCAGGAGGAGUGUCCGCAUGGGAAAAAGCAGCCGGUCAGCCGACCAGUGCCGCCAGUCUCUCCUCCUGUCACCAGCCCUCAAUUACAAAUUUCCUGGCCUUUCAGACAAUGCUGAUGACACUCUUUCUCGUAAGCUGGAUGAUUUAAGCCUUUCAAGGGAAGAGGCAGGCUUUGUUAAUGAAGACUUCUGGAAAGGAAGGGUAGAGCAAGAAAUGUCUGAAGACCCUGAAGAGUGGGCUGAACAUGAAGACUACAUGACCCAACUUCUUCUGAAGUUUGGCGAUAAAAGCCUUUUCCAGCAACCCACUGAAGUAGACAUUAGAUCAAGUGAACACUGGAUUUCUGAUAGCAUGGUCAAGAGCAAGUUGGACUUGAAAAAAAAUAAUCCAAGCCUAGCAAGUAAGAAGUAUCAAUCAGACAUGUACUGGGCCCAGUCACAAGAUGGUUUGGGAGACUCUGCAUAUGGCAGCCACCCAGGCCCUGCCAGCAGCAGAAAAAUCCAGGAGCUAGACAUGGAACACGGUGCCUCAGGAUACAAACAUGACCAAGCGCCAUGGUAUGGAGGUUCACUCGAAUGUUUGUCUGACCUGAAACAGCAAGAACAAAGUGUUCGAGACUCAAUGGAUUCCUUGGCUUUGUCUAACAUAACAGGGGCUUCAAUGGAUGGGGAAGGCAAGCCACGGCCGUCUCUCUAUUCUUUGCAAACUUUCCAAGAACUGGAGGUGGAGGACUGUGAGAAGAUGAGCAACAUGGGAACUCUGAAUUCUUCAAUGCUCCAUCGGAGCACUGAGUCCUUGAAGAGUCUGAGCUCAGAGUUGUGUCAGGAAAAAGUGUUGCCAGAAGAAAAGCCAGUGCAUGUGCCUGUACUGAGACGAUCUAAAUCCCAGUCUAGACCACAACAAGUGAAGUUCUCAGACGAUGUUAUUGAUAAUGGAAGUUAUGAGAAUCUUGAAAUACGUCAGCCUCCCAUGAGUGAAAGGACUCGUAGGCGUGUUUACCAUUUUGAAGAGCGUGGAAGUCGGCCUUCUCACCAUCGCAGAAGAAGUAGGAAAUCUCGUUCAGAUAAUGCACUUAAUUUGGCCACAGAAAGAAGAUGCUCUCCAAGAGAGAGGUUUCGUUAUUACUCCCCUCAGGAUCAUGAAAAUUUUAUUCAGAAUAGAAGCUCACGUGAGCUUCAGGCCUAUAUUCAAAAUGCAGAGCUGUAUGGACAAUAUGCCCAUACCAGGUCUGACUAUGCACUGCGGAAUCAGGUGGUUGAUAAGUUCUUUGGAUUGUAUGGUGAGGAAGAUGACUCCUGGUGUUCAACUUCAUCCUCAUCAUCUGAUUCUGAAGAGGAAGGAUAUUUUCUAGGACAGCCAAUUCCACAGCCACGGUCAUUGAGAUAUCCAUACUAUACAGAUGAUCUUUCUGGUCCAACUACUGCAUUAUCCAGUUCUCAGUUUGGACAAAGGACAACCAAAUCAAAGAAGAAGAGGGGACACAAAGGAAAAAAUUGUAUUAUAUCUUAAUUAAUUACUAGUAUUUCUUAACUAGGAGGACCAGUCAAUUCUGUAGCUACAGUUUGAACCACAUCUUUUUUAUAUUAAUAAUUGUACUUAGGCAAGUUGCUGAAGUUCAUAAUGCUUUGCCACUGUAAAUGAUAACCAUGCCAGAGUUUAAAUUGUAAAAGUAACACACAGAAAUGUCACCAUGCCAAAUGAUCUGCUCAGAUACUGCUAGGUUUACAUACUGUGUUUCAGCUGUCAAAAUACUGUUACUGCAGUUCUUAAUACAGAGUUUUUGUAGACAUUUUAUUUUAUGCUCACUAUUCACCUAUGUUGAAUUAUCUGCGAGAGAGGAUUCGACAAAGAUGAAUAAAUAAAAAUGUUCAUCCUGUGCUGUAGCUAGAGACACACAGGGUGAUCUUUGACUUCUUCCUCUUGCUGCCAAGAAAAAGAAGGCUCUAUACUGUGCCCUUUCUUCAUUGAUAAAGCUCACUCUUCCUUAUUAAAGUUUCCAUACAAAAACUGGAUUUUUAUUUGGGAAAAUGCUCCUUAAGAAAGCAAAAAUCAUAAUGUGGGAGCUGAAAUGCUUGAAGCCUUGAUGUAUCCUAGAGCAGCAGUGAAUGUUUUGUACAUUUAACUUUCAUCAUUUUUCCUCUAUAAUUUUUUGAGAAAGUGUAAGGUGGUUGGUUUUGGUUUGGGGUUUUUUUCAUGCCUGUUUAAAGGAAGAUAAUAAUUCAGCUUCUGGAACUGGACUUAGCUGCCAAUGAGUGGUGAUGUUUUUUCUGCCAUGGCUCCCACCCCUCAGCAGUGAGAGAGGUACCACUGCUGGAGUCCUUUGCUCAGGCAUGUAACCCCAUUUAAGUCAAUGGAUCUACUUAUGUAACAAAUAUUUUCAUACGGGCUUAAAGGAUUAGGCUCCAGAAUUGUGUCUUUUCACAUGCAUUAUCCAGGUUUUAAAAUGUAUUAGCUGCAAUUCUAAGUCAAAAAAGGUUGAUAUUUAUAAUGUAGUAUUUCAUAGGCUUAAAUGUAUUCAUAAUUUAACAGUGCAAAUACUAAUGUACAUAUUGUACAGUUAAAAUUUUAAAAUCUGAAUAUUUUUAUAUCCCUGAAUUUGAAGAAGUUUGUUACCAUAUCAAACUAGAUUUGUUAGGGGUUUAACAGCAGUGUUAUGGAUGAAAUAUUGCUUGUAUUUUAGUCAGGGGGUUUAAGUUGAAAAAUGUUCAGUGCAAAACAGCUUAAUUUUGUCUACUAGGUAUUAAAAGCUCUAUAUGCAUGGUGGGGCUAUGUAAAUACUCUCUACGGCCCUCUUAAUCUUGCAAGUAUUAUUUAUGGGUCAAGCAAAAUGUAAACUAUAUAAAUGUAAAAACCACACAAGCUUGGAAUAUAUCAUUACAACCAGUAUGGAA